AUGUCGGGACUUCUCAUGUGUCCUCGCUGUGGGGAUGCAUUCAAGUUCAGCACAAUUUCAGAGCUCAGAGUUCACCUCAUCACACAACAUACCUAUGAGACCUUACUACUGCUGUCACAGGCUCGUGUGCGGACCUCCAGACCUCGCUCCCUGCUCCCACUUCCCGAGCUGAUGUCAGCCCAGGCUCAGAGCUCACCACUGGGAACAGAGCUCCAAGAACGCACCCUCCCUCUGGAGAGUUUGGAUCUGGCUUCGUCAACCUCCUCAGUCCAUCUGCUCCAGUCUCUGGUCCUGCCCAGAAGAAGACUCACAGAGGCUUUUGUGACGGUGGACAUCGGUCUGGAGGAGAGAUUGGGUCUUGGUUUGGAUCUUGGGUCCAGGAUCGCCCGGACUUUGGCGGAGGUGGAGGAGAGGGUGAACCGGAAAGUGGACCGGCUCAAAUCCCGACUGGACCAGAAGGAGGCGGAGCUUAAGAAACAGAAGGACCUGGAGGAAAAGCUGAGGGCUGAGAAACAAGAACUGAACACACGUGUGGUCUACCUUACAGGACAGGUGUCUGCUGCUGAGGAGCUCAUGAGCAAAUUGCUUAAGGAUCUGGAGGACAGAGAGACAGAGCUCAGCCAGAAGCACCAGGAGAUGGUGGAGAUCGAGUGUUUUCUCAGUGGUUUGGCCCAGAGAGAAGCCGAAGCUAAAGUCAAACUCCAGGUUUUCAUUGAGUCGUUGUUGGAGAGAGCUGACCGCGCUGAGAGACACUUGCUCCUCCUCGCCUCACACAAGCCCCACCCACUCUCACACAGGGGCAGUUUGGACCAGAUUAUCACCAGUCGACUACAGGAGUCCAUUGGAAACAGGAGAAGUUUCAGUCUCUCAGACUCAUAUGGACUUGGACUUCAGACAAUCAGCAGUUGGGAGUGUGGCCCAACUCGAGCUCUCUCUCUGGACUGUGCAGAUGAAGACACUCCCCCGGACACUACCAGGUUUGUAGAAGGAGGAUGGGGCCAAACUUGGAGCAAAUCAGCUCGUCAUUACAGCACAGAGGAGGAAGGAGAGGAAGAGGAGAGAGACGAAGAGGAGGAAGAGGAAGAGGAAAGAGGAGAAGAAAGCCUGUGCUGAGGAGACCAAAUCAAUCAAUACACUCCAAAAUGCCAGUUCCAAGGACCAAUCAGACCAGGACCAAACCAGGACUAGACCAAGAAUAAAGCAGGACUAAACCAGAGCUAAAGCAGGACUAAACCAGGACUAAAGCAGGAUUAAACCAGAGCCAAAUCCAGGACUAGACCAAGAUUAAGCAGGAAUAAACCAGGACUAAAACAGGAUUAAGCCAAGAGUAGACCAAGACAAAAGCAGGAUCAAACCAGGACUAGACCAAGAAUAAAGCAGGAUUA